AUGUCGCCAAUAAUGGACUUAUCACAUAUUUACAACGUUUCCCUCCAUAAACUACAUUCCUUCCAAGUAACCCGUCGGGAUACAACCGACGGGCUUCGGAAGUUGGUGCUUAUAAAUAGUUUCGUAUAUAACAAAUUCGUCGCCCCAGAAGAAUAUGAACCACUUGAAUGGUCUGACGAGGAUGUCAAGAGAGACGAACAGAAUUGGCUAGAGGCAUGCUUGGAUGAUCUAAAUCAGGAGGAGGAUGAAGAUGGCUAUGUUUAUAUAUCGAGAUCAGAAGAUACAGCAUCCUCGGCACCAGUACGAACGACAGCCGACGAGACAACAAUUGCAGCAGUCGCUGAAGAUAUAAUACGGCCAACAAUAUUCGUCGAAGCCCCCCUCGAACCAGCUCCACCAGACUUGUCAGCAUAUCGGCCAUUCUUUGAUUCGGCCUUACAACAAGCGUUACCAAAAUUAAACAUGAUCGUGGGCGCUCCUCGAUUUUAUCAAAAGUUCUGUCUAGAUAGAGAUUAUCUUGCCGGUAUAUCUGUGGACUGGGUCGAUGGAGCACUAACAUCAGAUCCGAUAUUGGAUUUCAUAAUAGCGGAGACGAGGAGAUACGAUGCAGUUAAGAGAUCAAAGGACGAUUUAGAUAUAAUAACAAAAGAAAAAUGGAUUGUACAACGGUUGGUUGAUGGAAUUGAAUCGGGGAGGAUAUGGUCUAUCGAUGGAUACGAAUCUGGACGACGACAGAAGAUGGCUUGCUUUUAA